GUAGUUUGCUCUAUAGAUCCCACACCAACACACACCCUUUGGAUAGAACGAGAGGGGUGAGGUCAUAUUUAAGUCGAUACAAAUUUAUCAAGGUCGUUCUAGCGAGCUGACUCAUGCGUUUAAUAAACUUGGAAGAUACAUUCUAAUUAAAACAGAAGAAGCUGGUCUUCACGUGCACGAUGUUAAGGAAUAUUUGACUAUUAGAUUAAUGGAUUGAACAGCACUUCUCAAACUUUUCCGGAGAAAGUUACGGACCUUAAGAAUCAAAGGAUUGGUGUUUACCUUCUAUCGGAGUAUAUUUAGUUGAAAUGGAAUAUGCACAGACUAUAAUGGUGGUUUAUAGGAUAAAGAUGCUCCUUCUUGUGCUGGUUGUAUUUCACGUGUUUACAGUGUACUCAGUAUCUGGAUAUGAUUCCUUUCCAUCUUUUCCAUCGUCGUCGUCAUCAUCAUCGAUGGAUUCAUAUAGUGACUUGUCUUGGGAACCAUGUCCGCUUGAUAUGAACCCGUGUGCAAAUUAUGGUACAUGCGAGACGUAUGGUGGUGAUACUUAUUGCUUCUGUCUAUGGAAUAGUACCGGAGAAUUCUGCGAAACAGCUCUUGUAGCUUGUCCAGAUUACCCGUGUGAGAACGGGGGCACGUGUGGAGUAGAUGGAUGUGAAUGCCCGUCUGGAUUUUCUGGUUAUUACUGUGAAGAUAUUGAUUGCCCUGAUGGUCCAUGUCUUAACUAUGGUUACUGUGAACAACGAAGAAAUGGAGACAGGUGUCAAUGUCUUGAUGAUUUCUAUGGUGAUUAUUGUGAAUACCGAGACUAUUGUCCCGAUGACCCCUGUGAAAAUGGUGGGAUGUGUAUCUUGGAUGAGUUUGGUGAUUACGAAUGCGUCUGCGAAGAUGGGUACUGGGGAGAUCAAUGUGAUUUAUUUGAUGGUGUCGAUUGUCCUGAUUCUCCGUGUCUGAAUGGACCGUGUCUGUACGAUGAAUUCGCUGACCGAUACUGCAGAUGUCCAGUAAACUUCACAGGAGACUUGUGUGAAACUGAAAUCUGCCCUCAUGACUUUUGUGAGAAUGGCGGAUCAUGUGUGCAUAUAAAUGGAUUCAAUUAUUGCAACUGCCCUGUUGGUUGGUCAGGAUCGAAUUGCGAAAUUGCAAUUUCGACAACUUGUGAGAAUCUAAGACCAUGUUUGAACGGAGGUACAUGUUAUAAUGAAGGAAAUAAUGGAUAUAUCUGCAUAUGUACCGAUGAUUACAAUGGAACAAAUUGUGGAAAAUCGGUAAUAAGCGAUCCUUGUUUGACACUCGACCCAUGUGAAAAUGGCGGUCUUUGCCUUUACUUGGGAGCAUCAUACGACAUUGACUUCGUGUGUGUCUGUGGACCGGGGUAUACUGGACCAUUCUGCAGCGACGAGAUCAACCCCUGCUCUGAUUUUGUGUGUUUUAACGGUGGCACCUGUCUCUCAAAUGGAUUCGUCCCAUACUGCGACUGCGCAAAUGGAUACACGGGAACCUACUGCAAUGUUUCGACCACGACCUCCAAUCCCUGCGAGACUGUAGACCCAUGCCUGAAUGGUGGGGUAUGCCUGCCGAUGGAAAAUGGCCUCCUCUGUGUUUGCACCAGCUCAUGGACUGGAACAUAUUGCGAAUCAUCGGUGGUUGACUAUUGUGUUGUCGAACCAUGUCUUAAUGAUGGCGUAUGCAUUUCAUUGACAUCCAGUCAUACGUGUGUGUGUCGUGUGGGAUGGACUGGACACUACUGUGAAACAUCUCUAUCAGAAGCUUGUGAGAACCGGAUGCCUUGUCAAAAUGGAGCCACCUGUCAGAAUGAGGGCCUGGAUGCAUAUUCAUGCGAUUGCCUUGAUGGCUGGAAAGGAACCAAUUGUGAAGUUGAUGUAAACGAGUGUGUGAAUACUGGAAUAUGUGGGCAGGGAGAUUGCGUGAAUAGAGAUGGAACUUAUGAAUGCGAUUGCUUUCUGAGUUGGACGGGAGACAACUGUGAAACACAGCUGCCAUUCUGUACAACCGAUCCUUGUCAAAAUGGAGGGUCUUGUGUGGAUCAUGAGACCAAUUUGUCUUCUUACACUUGUACGUGUACGGCGGGUUGGUCUGGUGUAAACUGUCAAUCAGAUAUAAAUGAAUGUAUAGCAACACUGUCAACAUGUGGAGACAAUGGAGAGUGUAUCAAUACUGAUGGAUCAUUUUAUUGUGAAUGUACGCAAGGAUGGGGAGGAGACGCAUGUGAUGUUGAAGCCGCUAAAUCUGCAUUGUCUUCAACGCAAAUCCUCAUUAUUGGUGCCAGUGGAGGGGGUCUCCUAUUAAUCAUCAUUGUCAUCAGUGUUUGCGCUUGUAUUUGUGCAAGAAAUUCAACUCCAAAGAGGGGGGAUGCACAGGCCGAUAUUGACACCCUGGGACAGGCAAGAGAGCCCGGCAUCGCUCACCAAAACCCCGCCUACGAACCGGACUACCACAUGCCAACCGAUCCCCCUCCCGAAUACGAACCCAUAGACAAACUACCUUCACCUCCGUCAUCGGUUCGGUUAUCGCCGAAUAAUGUGUAUCAAAACCCGGAUGCGGGUAUGGGCCCACGAAGCUCUCCGUCGAUUGCAACGAACGGAUAUCUACGCCCAAUGGACGCCGGUGUAUCUUCGCCGGAUUUUGAUAGCAAGACAUUACCGGAUUAUCAGACAUAUAUGGUACCACAUGACGACACGGAUUCUAGUCAUUAUCUCCCAAUGGAUAGCCCUCAUGACAGAGGACACGAUGACGGGCAUCAUAUUUAUGAGGCACUGCCGGAUACUGCUCGGUAUCAAAAUAUUAAUUUAACCGAAUAACAUCUCAAAUAUUAUGGAAGGAAAGAGACUCUGUCUUGAAUCAUAUGUUUUGACGCGAGUAACAAAUUGUCAACGUAAAAAUGUGUAACAGACAAUUUUACAACCUGCUGUUAAUCAACUCAAAGCGAAUCGAUCAACAUAGUAAUUCCCUGUAUACUCUAUGUUUAUUUUACAGUCUCGCAAUAACUGGCGAUAUAAACAGUGUACUAUACACUAAUUAUAUUAAUUUACAACGGAAAAUGCAAAAUUGCUCCAUGCAAAAAUAGACAGUCAAUAAAAAUGUUUUAUAUUAUAUAUAUAUAUGUAUAUAUAUAUACACGGCCUAAUUCUGACGCCACUGACCAUCGUCAGCUUAUUAUUCUUGAAACUGUCACGAGCAAGGUUAAACAAAUCAAAAACAUUGAUAAAUAACUGUAAGUCACUGUAAUUAGCAAGCAACUCCCGCACUAGCAUAUUUUAACUUAUUUUAUUGUUUAUUCUAUUUAAUGCUGUGAAAGCGUAAUAUGUUUGUAUGAUAAUCAGAAGGCGACGUGGGAUGAUUUCACGGCAAGCUUUUAACAAAAUUUUGAAAGGAUGUGAACGAAAUGGGCAUAUACUAUUUUUUGUAUAGAUUUAUGGAUGUAUAAUGCGUUAAUUGCGUGUGAAUUAUUAAUGAAAUAAUUAUAUUGUUAGCUUAUAUAUAUCAACCACACUCUGUAAUCACGACAAACAAAUCUUAUAAGGAAAUGUGGUACACGAAAAGAUACCAGUGUAGUGUGUGUGAGGGUGGGUGUGUGUGUGUGAGAGAGAGAGAGAGAGAGGUGGGGGCUGAGAAAGACAGUGAGGGAGAUUAUUGCAAUUAUCAUUACUUUUGCUGUCGUUUUAAACAUAUUGCAUUGUUAUUGAUUUUAUUAAAUUUGUUUUUCAUUCCACUUAUCAUGUUUAUCUCAAACCCUAAAAAACUAGAUGACAAUUUUCGAGAUAAAAUCUGUAACGUGAAAGGUUUGUUCAUCGUCAGUCAAAAACUUUCAUAUCUCGGGCAACUCUUGAAGCUAAAUUUGUAACUUUCGGGUACGUGGUCCUAAAUACGUAACAUCUAGGGGGGGGGGCUUUCGUACCCACAUCCCCGGUCUUUGCAGCCUCGAAAAUUACCCAGUCUGGGUUAAAACUGUUUAUAUAUUACUUGGAAAACAAUUUAUCAGAGGACAUUUUUUUACAACUCGUUCAUUGAUUUUCACAAUAUGGUAUUAAAUAUUUUAUUCGAUAUCACGACGAAA